AUGGAGUCAAUGGCCCUCAGGCAAGAGAUUGCUCGUAACCCCUGGACUGCGAGCAUGUGCGAUCCAGGCAUGCCUGCGCCAUCAUUUGCCCUUGACUCUCCCCCGUGGUCCAGCGCCAUCAGGGCGGAGGCAACUGUCUCCCCAAAGCAACUUCGGAUCCACCCAACGCCGACGCCAACAUCCUCCGUCGAGUCGAUUCACACAAGCUUCUUUGCCGGUGGCGAUUCGGACUCGGCAGUCAUGUCUUAUGAAACACCACAUCUGGACCUGGCGCAGGGCUCUACGAGGUGUCAUAACCCGGAUGGCAACCGCACCCGGAAGCAGUUGCCUGACAGGGCCCCUCAACCUCACUACGUGACUAUUGCCCCAGGCGAUAGAUCGAGAAAUGCUGACCAGUCCCCUCCUCCGAACAAGGACGGCUCGUCUGCCAACAUAAAGACUUCUCGGUCCAGAUCUGCACGACCGCAACGGUCCUGCAACGCCGCUCCACCUCCAUCCGGCGGCAGCGACGAACGCUCGCUCAAGGACGACUUCCUCGUCAAGUCAAAGCUGGCCGGCAUGACAUACAAGGAGAUCCGCCGCAAGGGCGGCUUCACGGAGGCCGAGUCAACGCUGCGAGGACGCUUCCGCACGCUGACCAAGAACAAGGAGGCGCGCGUGCGCAAGCCCGAAUGGGCAGAAAUUGAUGAUCGGCUGCUGAAGAAGGCUGUGCGGAAGCUCGCGAAGGGCAACGACCCGGCCGCCGCCAAGAUCCCGUGGAAGCAGGUUGCUGAUUACAUUGUUGACCAUGGUGGAUCGUAUCACUUUGGUAAUACCACGUGUCGGAGGCGUUGGGACACACUGCUCGCGGAGGAGAGAAGAGGACGGUAA